AUGGCCUCUGGGAAUACCAGACACGGUGUCCUGGUGCGGCUGGAGGUUGAUGCCUUCACCUUUGCCAGCACAGAGACAGGAGCAGGUGUUGGAAUCUGUUUUCCAGGUGUUUCAGCCCAGUCAUUCCUUCACUGCUUUACUCUGGCCAGCUCUGCCUUUAAUCUGCAAGUGGCGACUCCUGGGGGGAAGCCCAUUGAUUUUGUGGAUGUGAACGAGGGCAACACACGCUGGAUCCAGGACUUCCGUAUGAAAUCCUACGCCAACCCCGCCAAACUGGAGUCCAUUGAUGGGGCUCGGUACCACGCCCUGCUGAUCCCAAACUGCCCCGGGGCCAUGACUGACCUGGCCAACAGCGGGUACCUGGCCAAGAUCCUGCAGCACUUCAGCACUGAGAGCAAGCCUAUCUGUGCUGUGGGACAGGGAGUGGCAGCUUUGUGUUGUGCCACCAAUGAGGAUAAAUCCUGGGUUUUCCAGGGAUACAGCCUGACAGGGCCCUCUGUGUACGAGCUGGUGAGGCAGCCGAAUUUUGCCAGUUUGUCCAUUAUUGUGGAGGAUUUUGUGAAGGAUUCUGGAGCUACAUUCAGUGCCAGCAGCCCAGAUGCUGUCCAUGUGGUGCUGGACAGGCACCUGGUGACAGGACAGAAUGAGAAUUCCACCCUUCCUGCUGUCCAGAACCUUCUGAUUCUUUGCAAUGUCAGCAGGAAAUGAAGGAGAAGGUCUCUUGCAAAGAGGAUGGAUGAAGAGCCAGAAGGUUGAGGAUUUCCAUGACUGUGACCUGGAUGAGACACCCCUCUGAACCCCUGUCCUGGACUCUGAAGUGACUGUGGCAGCGAAGUGGAAGUGUCAGGUUCUGUUUGGAUGGAAUGGAUGAAGGUUGUCAGAAGCAGCUGGGACACCCCCUUACAUUUUUGCUGCUCCACUGCUUCUCUAGACCUUCAGUUUACAGAUGUGGGGAACUGUCUCCUCAAAAUCCCCCCAAAGUUGGUGCUGUGAAUACUAAUUGCUGAGGCUGAAGCCCUUGCUCUGGGUUGGCAUUGUACUGGUGUACAGUGUGCCCUUGUUUUCUUCCUGUUCACAUUGCUGGAAUUGUGUUUAAAAAGUUUGCUCAGCUGGUUUUUUUUUUAACACGGUCCUACAAUUGUUUAUUUGUUCUCCUUUGUGCUGCUUAUGUUGUGGGUUUUGUUCUCUUGGAAAUGCUCCUCUCUGGAAGCACGCUGCUGUUGUCUCUUGCUGGAAUUUUGUGGACUAGGGCACGGUAAAAUGCAGCUGGCUGAUGUGGAUCCCGUCUGAGGAACCAGCUGUAGGGUGGAGUCUGGACUCCUCCUUCCUCCUGAGCUGCAGGUGUGGCUUGAAGCUGAGCAUAGAAAGCAAUAAUCAGACUGAGAUUUUUUUUUUUUUUUUUUUAAUUGUUGCAGGCUCAAACAUACCAAAUAUAUUGGAAAGCAGAUAAAUUAACUUUCAGAUAAUUGAUUUUCCUUCCUUCUUGGAAUUGUGGGGAACAUUUCUUCAGUGCCCUAAAGAAAUGGGGAUGCAUUUUUGUUUUCUUACCAGGAUAUUGUAAUAUUUUGGUUCUAACAAGUCAUCAAAUAGGGAAAUCUUGUCUUUUCUGUGAAAAUCCAUUUCUUUAGCUCUGUCUCAAGAAUCCAGUGUGAUUUUAAGACAGAGUGCUGUGGGUUUGCUGGAUCUUCUGCUGUUGCAUUCUGGAGCCUAGCUUACAGGUCUGUGGCAUUGAUGGAAAUUAAAUCCAGAAUUUGAAAUGAAAAAUUGGCUUUGAUAGAAAUUAAAUUAUCAAUUAUCUUUGAUAAUUUAAAUCUUCAUUCCUGACAAGCCAGCUUGGGGAUUAGAUGUUGACACCAUCAGGAAAUAUUUUCAGUCAGGAAAGCCACAUCUUGUUUGUGAAGUGGGAGACUGUAUUUCCUUAGGGACUGUGUUUCCAUGGGAUUUUGCCAAAAUUGCUACAUCUUUCACUGCUUACCUGUAAAAAUAGAACAUUGGUGUCUA